ACAAACUGCUUCAGAUCUUUCUUGUCUCUCCGUUCUGCUGUACUUUGACUGAUCUCCUUGCUCGCUCUACCCCUCUCACUCCCACUAACUGCAACUUUUAACGCUGCUUCCCCCCCCCCCCCCCCCCCCCCUCUCUUUCGUUCCCCCAGCAGUUUGACUGUAACAAGCAACUUUGCACAGUGUGUUAAACACACAGUAAAAGCGAAGUUGGGGGAGAGUUUGGGGACUGGGGGGGGGGGGGGGGGGAGGGAGUGAGUGAGAGAGAGAGAGAGAGAGAGAGAGAGAGGGAAAGAAAAAUCCCAAGCAACAACAACCAAAAAUGCCGCAGCUGAACAGCGGUGGAGGGGAUGAUUUGGGUGCGAACGAUGAAAUGAUCGCGUUCAAGGAUGAAGGAGAGCAGGAGGAGAAAGCCUCGGAGAACGCUCUGACCGAGACAGACCUGGCAGACGUGAAGUCAUCGCUGGUCAACGAGUCGGAGACGGGCCAGAACAUUCACCCUGCUCCACCCGACCCCGAGGCGAUUGCACGCUCCCGGGACGGUCAAAGAAUCUACCAAGAUAAAUCCAAAGAGCACAUCGAUGACGUUUCAAAGCAGCAUCAAGAUGGAGGUAUGUUCAAAGGGACAACCUACUCAGGCUAUCCCCACUUCCUGAUGCUUCAAGAUCCUUACCUGGCCAAUGGAUCCCUCUCCCCCACUGAUUUUCCACAAGGAAGGAUUCCCCGAAAUGCAGGGUGGUAUCAUCAAACACAUGCAUGCCCGACACUCAACUACAGGAUGAAUCAGAAGGAAUGCCAUUUAAUGUGUGCACAGCCAGUUUUAAUGCAAUCCAACAAAACCAAUUCGAACAAGGUUCCAGUGGUGCAGCCUCCCCAUGCAGUCCAUCCCCUCACCCCCCUCAUCUCCUACAGCAACGAGCACUUUCCCUCCAACCCACACUCGCCACACCUUUCAUCUGAAAUGAACCAGAAAACAGGUUUGCAUCGGUCUCCUCAGGGCCCAGAUCUGGCUGCAUUCUAUUCCAUGUCUCCUGCGAGCGUGGGACAAAUCACGCCGGCAAUGGGAUGGCAAGGUCAGUCUGUCUACCCAAUUCCAUCCUGUGGAUUUAGACAACCUUAUUCCUCCGCCCUGCCGCCCAGUGCUUCCAUGUCCAGGUUUCCCCAUCCUUUGGUACUUGGCCCCCCAGGCAUUCACUCUACAGGGAUCCCUCAUAGCGCCAUUAUGAGCACCUCCGGCAAGUCAGACAUGCAUCAGUACGACAACGGCCUCAGAUGCAUGAAGUCUAAUCCUGAACCAAAAAGGGAAAAGGAGAGUAAAAAGCCGACUAUUAAAAAGCCCCUCAAUGCAUUCAUGCUCUACAUGAAGGAAAUGAGAGCAAAGGUGGUCGCAGAGUGCACUCUGAAAGAGAGCGCAGCCAUCAAUCAAAUCUUGGGCAGAAGAUGGCACGCUCUGACCCGUGAGGAACAAGCAAAGUACUACGAACUGGCAAGGAAAGAACGGCAACUGCACAUGCAGCUUUACCCAGGCUGGUCUGCCAGGGAUAACUAUGGGAAAAAGAAAAGGAGGAAAAGAGAUAAGCAGCAAGAUUCUGAUCAAGAUCCAAGCUCACCUAAGAAAUGCCGGGCACGCUAUGGCCUUGACCAACGGACAGACUGGUGUGACCCCUGCAGAUACAAACACCACAAUGAUGUGCCGUCCAUUGUUCGAGCUUGAUCUUCAAUAGAUGCGGUGCCUCAGCUGCAGGAAGAAAAAGAAAUGCGUUCGGUACAUGCAAGGUUAAGAAACGUGCAUAAGGCCCAGCAUCUUAAGAUGGACGUAUAAUGGACAGUCCUUCCUCUCCUCCUCAUGCACUUCAGCAGCCUUGAGAAGAAACUUUACCCAAGCUUGCUAAUUCUCCCUUACUCCUCCAGCCUCUGUCAGCUCCAGCCUAACACAGACCUCAGCGGACUUCUCUCUACCUUCCUCCUUGGACCCACAACAAUACCAUAGACCUUCACUCAACGACCGUCAGCAGCAGAAGGUGUUGAGAUAAUGGCCAACUUCUUCUUUCGAUCGCUUUGAUUAAUGAGUGAUACCUUUAUGCAUAGAUGUGGAAGAUUCCACCACACCCUUGGCCAGUCCCAGCCAGAGUCGUGUGCAUUCGAAGAGCUACUGCUUGUAACUUGCACGUCAACUUUGGUGUGUUCUCAGGAAACAAGACAGCAUCCGACCCUCCGCUCUCAAGUCUUGUCUGGUUGUGUGGCAUUGAACGGUUCAUUGUCAAUUAAAGUGUUCCCUG